UAAGAGACCAAGCGUCAAGCAUCAUAGAGUGAAUAGAGUUAGAAAGCAUCGAGAAAAAAUGGCGCCCUCCAUUGAUGCAGCUCUAAUUCAACCCGUAGAGGCUCGUCCAUCCAUAGGUUCAAUCAUAUACUUAGAAAAUGCCCCAAUAAUCGACCUAGCUCCACUUCAAUUGGCAUUUUCAGAUCAAAAUUCCUCCAAGGAGGAAGCCAUGGCUAGUAUAGCCAAACAAGUGCACAAUGCCAUGAAAGAGUGGGCCUUCUUUGUGGUAAUUAACCAUGGUGUGUCGCCUGAUCUCUGGUCGAAUCUGAAGAAGGCAAUGGCUGGUUUCUCAGCUUUGCCAUAUGAGGAGAAGAAGAAGGUGGGUAGAGAUAUAAGCAACCCUUGGGGUUACAAUGAUAAAGACCACACCAAGAAUGUUAGAGAUUGGGUCGAAGUCUUCGAUUUUAUGGCAGAAACAGAGGAGCUCGAGAUACCGGAAAACAUGGAGCCAGACUGUAAGGAGACCAAGAUUAUUAGGAACUUGUGGCCGGAAAAGCCAGAGGAUUACAAGCAAAUAUGCCAGGACUUCGCCCAAGGGACCUUAAAGUUGUUGUAUCAAUUGAUGGAGCUCAUUUCUCUUAGCUUGGGUCUCCCAUCUGACCGACUGCACCGCUAUUUCGAAAAGAGCACUUGCUAUGUUCGCACUAAUCACUACGCACCGUGCAGUAUCCCAGAGCUGGCUUUGGGCAAAGGACCUCACAGAGAUCCAACUGCAUUCACCCUUUUAACCACUGAUGAGGUCAGUGGAUUCGAGGUUCAACGAAGAUCGGACAGUCAGUGGCUAAGGCUUAGGCCCAUACCCAACUCCUACAUCAUUGUUGGCGGUGAUGUCGUUCAGGUAUGGAGCAAUGACAUUUAUGAUAGCGUAACCCACAGAGUGGUCUUGGAUUCCCAUGUCGAGAGGUUCUCAGCCAUCCUUGCGGCCGUACCUUCUUACCAUGCCAUUGUGAAGCCAUUAGAGGAGCUGGUUGAUGAAAAAAACACUGCAAAUUAUGGUGAAUACAAAUGGGGUGAAUACCUUAUGUCAAGGAGGUUCAGCAAUUUCAAGAAGUUGGACAAGCCUGUGAUUGAGGUUGCAGAAUUUAAAAAGUCCAAAUAAGCCACUCUUAUAGAAGUUUGUAACGCUUUAUGUUCUUGCUUGCUUGCUCUUGGUUUCCUUUCUGUGUUUCUACUUGUAAGUUUGUUCGAAUAAGUGGCCUUUGAUCCACAAACUAUCUCUGUCCCAACUAUUAUUGAACUGUUAUGUAAAAUAGCAAUGAAAUAUGGUAUUGGUAUCAUC